AUGGACAAGUUCGGCAAAUUAAGUAUUGAUGAUGAACUGGACAGGACUAUAAGAGAGGAAGAUUUAGUACGACUAUCUAAUCUUAGCAUAUCUGAUGAAAUUGGCAGAAUGUCACCCCAGGUUUUUACCAAAUAUAUGCCACAUUCUCCCGUGUGUCCUUCACCACUAAGGCAUGCUAUGCAAUUAGAUCCACUAGGUGAUAAAAUGGACGUAGAUGAACUGAUAGAUGAGGAAGCAAACGCUGAAGGUGAAGGGGAAGGUGUUGAUACUAGAAUAGUGCAAAGAAGCCAAGAUAUUUUGGAAGAGGGAGAUAUGCAACGGGACGUUCAAGAAGCAUCACCAACACCAUCGCCAACUAAACAGGUAAGCAAAGAGAAAUCAUCACAGGAUAAUAAUACUGCCAAAAACCAUGAUGAUGUGAUGAAGGAAGAAGUUAGUGAAUUGGAUGAGUCAGAUUCAAAAGAAGAUGAAGAGAGUGUACAUAGAGGAGCAGUGAUAAGAGCAUUGCUAUCUCCAACUUCAUUAGGUGUAGCUGCAGCAGCCAAAAUUGAUGGUAUACCAAUUGAAUCACCAGCACAAGCGUCUAAACCUGCCCCAAAAGAAGUUCUCAAUACGGAUAGAAAGGCUUCUGAUGCUAAUGUUACAGGAAUCGAUUUUACCGAUUUGAAAGAUGAACUUAGGUGGAGAUCAAGAAGCCAACCUAUUCAGGUUUCAAUUAAUCACCACCACUACUACCCCAAUACGGACGGAUACCGACCAUUUGUACAAGAUUGGUCAAGACCUGUGGAAUCAGAGUACGAUGAACCUUAUAAACUUCCUGUCCCCUGGUCAUCUAACUGUAAACCGGUUUCUAAAAACUCUUAUACCUUUGUCUCAUACCUGCAGUUAUUUCUUAAUUUUAUUACAGUCGUGGUCCUAUUCUCAUUUGUUACAUCGCUCGUGCGCUCUUUGAAGACUGAUAUAACUUCCUCCUGGAAUCACAAAAGAUUAGAGUUAGAAUAUGAAUCAAUUAACUGUAAAAAUCUUUAUGCCAUUAACGAAUGUACUUUGCGUAAUAAACCAGCGCUACAGGGUCAGUGUGAACAAUGGGAAAGGUGCAUGAAUAAAGACAACGAUUUAUUUUUUAGAGCAAGAACGACACUGGGGGCACGACUAUUUGGUGAAGUGAUUAAUUCAUUUGUUGAACCAAUUGGAUGGAAGGCAUUACUUGUUGUUAUGUUGGGAUUAGCUAUUUGGUGCUUUAGUUCAAAUUUCCUACUAGGUUACAUGCGAGCCAAGAGUUAUUACGGAGAUGCUAAUCAACAAUAUCUCCUUCAACAACGUCGUCAACUUUUCUUGAAGGAUGAGGACCGUGCAAACAGAGAGUUAUCAUUACGCAGUGAUAAUACAUAG